AUGGAACACACAAGCAUCUUACAGCCGCCGGCAGAAAUCGUCAAGACCCCUUCCAAGCCCCGCUCCUUCUCCGACCCGCAGAGCACGAGCGGCGCCCCCGACUCCUCCUCUCUCGCCCCCUCGCCCACAUUCCUCGACCGCGCCGCCCAUCCCAGCAAAGACGACCACGAUGCCAACCCCAUCACCCCGCGAGCCUCCUCCCGCCGGCAGGACUUCCUGUCCCGCGGCCUGUCCCUGCAGAUGCCCCCCUCCUUCUCCAUGCCCUCGCCCUCGCAGUUUCCCUCCUCCCACCAUCGCUCCGCCCCUCUCAGCCCGCAGCUGGACCGCAACAACAUCUACAUGCAGCAAUCCCCCGCCACUUCUCUCCCCCGUCACUCCCGCGGUCUCGACUUUGCACGAGCUUGCACCACCUUACACCACUCCACUCUCGCCGAAGGCAGUCCCGAUUCGAGUCCGGUCAUCACCCAAAAAGGCGUUGCGAUACCCGGGAGGAAGGGCAGCAUCAGUAGCAUGAUGCUCGACUCACCAAAUCUGCUGAGUGCGGGCAGCGGCUGGGGUUCACUGCCCCCGGAGCGGAGUGCAAUCAGCAGCUCGGUUGGCAGUGUGAACAUGCUCGCGAGUGAAAGCGAGAGCGGUGAUAGUGAAGAGGAUGCGAGCAUGGCGGGUGACGAUAACGACGAUCCGAUUCUCACCACUCCGCAGGUGAGGAAGUUGCAGAACCCCAAUGCCCUCACCCCUUUUCAUGGAGGUGGGACAUGGGGCACAGGCGCCCAUUUCUCCCCUGCCCAAGCUUCUCUCAUGAAGACCAUCCGACGUACGAGAUUGCAAAAGCCGGGAAAGAGAGCGAGGAAGAACUCGAGCAGUGCGAGCGGCAGCGGCUACAGUUCCAUGGCAUCUCCUCGAGGCACCUCGCCGCCUCCCCUGAGGAGCAUCGAGUCCGCUGCCAACGGUGGCUAUUUCAACUGGCCCACCGCGGCGAGGAGCAGACGGGAGAGUCUGGCGAUGGGCACAGAUGGGCUGCAUUUGUCCAGCGGAAACGACAGCGGCGACGAGGCUUCAGCUUCCAACACUCCCGGAACGCCAGAGGUGGUCAGACGAGCAGUGACGCGCAGAGGCAACCUCCUGCCCAAAACCAAAGGGUUCGCUCGGAUCCGAGCAGCGCUGAUGGAAGAGGCUGCGCCUGUCGACACCGAGAGCCGGCGCGAGGCGGAAACGAUCCGACAGGUGCGGGAACGAGACGGCAGCCUCGCCGAUCUGGACCUCACCCCCAGCAGGCGCUCCUCGACAGCAGCGGAACAGCCAUCUCCCCAUCUGUUCCCUACCACCUCGGACACCGACUACAAAGACUUUGGGCAUGAUCUCGGCGGUGCUGAAAAUCCCAAGGGAUUGGGUAUGAAUUUCGCCGCCCACGUCAGCCGAAAUAGCGGUGGCCUAGAUUACUGGAAUCGCUACGACUCCUCCUUUCGCACUCCCCCGCCCCCAACUCUCGCCCGGCACAGCAGUAGCGCGAUCUCGGAUACCAACAUGGACAGCAGCAGUGACACCCUGCCGGUUUGGCGCCCGCGCCCUCGAGCAAGGUCCAGUGCAUCCGACGCGCCGUCGGAAGCCAUGCAGUCUACUGCGCAGCCCGCGAACGGCGUCAUGAACGACGACAUGCAUCUCAAUCGCUUCAAGCGCCGGCGAGAAGAGGACUUUGACAUUUGCACCGUCAAGCGUCGCGCCGUCUCUCCCGGCAUGAGUGCCAACAAUUCCCCCGUCCUCGCUCCAUCGCCUGCACAAAAAGACGGGGGCGGCAACUGGGGUCAGCCGCCGGAUCGUGGCAACCGAAACAGUCAAGCAGACAUGUCGCAACAGCGCAGUAGACAUGGCAGUGGAGGUAACAGUAUGAGUCUACCGUUCGGCAGCACACUAGGGCCGCCUCUGAGCUCUGGGAGUUCUGGUGCGAAUGGAGGCCGGAAGCUGGGGCUGCAGGGGAUGGUGGAUACGAAUGAUGGGAUUAUGAAAAUGAGCAUCGAGUGA